CCUUAUUAUCACAAAUAUUAUUCGACGUAAUCGACAGAUGAAAAACCGUUAGCCGUCAAGGAAAAAAACAGUUUACCGAUACAUAUGUGACUAUCGAUAAGCCAUCAAUAUGAGGGUAGCUACGCAUGACCGUGGCGGUACCUUUGACGUCACCAGGACGAAGGACACAACAAAGCAGGACUUAAAGGGCAACACAUAGCGCCUCUGCAAACAACUGGUUGACUUUAGGACACCGCCAUGAAGCUAACUUUGCGGAGGUACUCCUGGGUGCUCAUGCUCCAGCUUGCUCUUUUGGGUGUGGAUCUAUUCUUUAACGCUUUCGGACCUUCGCUGGCAAAAGACCGACUGCAGACCGCCGUAUUUUUCUUUGUCACUCAAGACGCGCUGAUCAUUGCGGAGUACCUGCUAUUUACCUUAGCGCUGCACUCAACCUGCGUCUACCAGGUUGGAGCCUCCCACAUAAUCCUGCGCAACUGCAAGCUCUUCAUGGCCAGCAUCACAAUCUACUUCCUGCUGUCCGCUUCCCAGCACUUCUGGAUUGUCUACCAACACCGUCAGGCACCAGGCGAAGACAGCCGGACCUUGCCAUUGGGUCUGAUUGCUUUAUCGGUGGGACAACGCAUUAUGUCGGUGCUCUAUUACUACAGCUCUAAGUCCACUGCUCUGACCAUGGCCGAUCCCCGCUUUAAGGAGGAACAUCUUGACUGGAUAGCAGAGCAGUUGGGGGAUAAGUAAAUUAAUUUGACACGAUUUUGCUUGUAGCUUAGAGUAAUUGAUAAAGUCAAGAUAAAAGGGUGAGCUUCUGACACCGAAGCUUAGAAUCUAUUGUUUGUUAAACGAUAUUUAAAGAUAUCUAGGUUAUUAAUUUAGAGACUUGGCGAAUCUGUUGCCUAAACCAUUUUUAAAAAUUCAAUCAAUAAUUUCCAAAACAAGGUGACAAUACUUUUAAUAAGCUAACUUAAAAUUUAAUUUUUUGAGUUAUCCCAAAACCAGCUAAUAAAAUUCUUGAUAAAAAGCUUUAUCUAAAAUUAGGAAGCGUAUACACCCUAUGAAGCUAAAACUAAAACUGUAAAACUCUUAU